GUUAUUAUUCUUCCUUUAUCAACGCAACAGGCGACAGACGUCCUCAUUAUUAUGCAGAAUAUGCAAAUCUCACGUCUCCAGGUCUCCCGCCAAGACCUGGCAACACGUCCGCACGUUCUGAUGGUCAACCAUCUGUCGACUAUUCUGAAUAUGCAGGUUAGGAGAGCAAUUGACCAUUUGCGUAAUAGACUAAAUUUUGAACUAAACAAGUCUAGACAAAAAUUUCAGCUUGAAGGAGCAUCAAAUCACAGCUUGAAGGAGCAUCACAAAAUUAGUAAUAUUCCAAAGUUUCGUUGCAAAAUGUUGUAAAAUGCAACAAAGUUCGCAAGUACAUUUCAAUGUUUGAACUUCGUUUGUAAACAAAUGUUCAAGCUCAAUAAUAAUAACCAAUUCAAUGAAAUACAAACCUUCUUGGUAACCCACUGGACAAAGAACUUUCCAUUGAAAUUGUUAAUUUCAACUUGAACUAUGAACAUUUGUUCACAAUAGUUCAAACACUGAAAUGUACUUGAGAACGUUGUUGCGAAGUUCACGCCCAAAUUUUUGAACUUGGAAACGUAAUUGGUAAGUUUGCAACGAACUUGCUUGGGAACCGCGCGUUGAAAAGUGACUUGAAAUCGACAACAACGGACCCCACAAUGGAUAUAAAACAAAUAAUAAAUAUUAAACUUUAAUAUGAUCAUGAUGUUGGAAAACUUUUUUCUUCACUAGGAGUGCAAGUAAACGGAUACUCGCCACAAAAUUUCGGGGCUCCUCCAUCUCCUUUAUCAAGAUUCGCACCCACCACCAGUCCGGGUCCCAUGGGCCCUGAUCUCGCUAGUUAUAUCUCGUCAGCAGCAGAUAACGCCCUCGGAUACUCCGCGUCAAGCCCGCAGGCGACCACGUUUGGCCAUCAAAUGGCUGUAAGUGCUUGGUGUGUUUUAUCGUUAGAACAACAAGAUUGAAGAUCUGGUCACAAAAUAGGAUAAUUACAUUGUUUUACAUAACCUAUGAGUUCUAAACUGGUCUUCCUGGAGGUCCAGUAAGGGUCAUCUCUUAUUGAUCCAGUGUUACUACAGGAGGAAACCUAAACUAAACUAACCUUAUUUAUACUGGAUAGCUCUAUCAGUUCUAAACUGUUCUUCCUAGAGGUCCAGUAAGGAUCAUCUCUUAUUGAUCAAGUGUUACCACAGGAGGAAACCUAAACUAAACUAACUUUAUUUAUACUGGAUAGCUUUAUCAGUUCUAAACUACUUUCGGUGGACUGCCAGCAAACGUUGUCCCUUUCUGGCCCAGAAGGAAACCGGAAUUUCUGAAGAAAAUCGAUGUUUGGUAGAGAAUGAGACGAAGUUAUAAUCAGACAUAUUGCAGGAGUAGAGAUGAAACUACUGACCACCCAGCCGUCAAAAGACUUCCCCCCAAAAACUUUGUAUUCAAAUCAUAAGUAUAGUGAUCGAUGAUAAAAAUGUACCCAAGUAUGAAUCCUGUAGUGCGCCAUGUUUCAUCGGUUGGCAAUACGAAAUAUAAUGAUUAAAAUCUAUUUUCCUAGAUAUCUCUUAGACAAUAA